GUUCAACCGGAAGUCAGAAGUCGGUGUUUUCUUCCAGAGUGUUUCCGAGAGCGUUGAUCCAGAUAUUCGCAGCUGUUUAAAGGCUCCUGAUGGCUGAGGAAGACGAUGAUCAGGGUUUUGAUGAGGAAUUGGAUGAAGGGGGAAACGGUGUAGAUACGGGUCACGGAAGGAGGAAAAGACUUUUCUCCAAAGAGCUUCGCUGUAUGAUGUACGGCUUCGGCGACGACCAGAAUCCGUACACAGAGUCAGUGGAUAUUCUGGAGGAUCUCGUGAUCGAGUUCAUCACAGAAAUGACCCACAAAGCCAUGUCCAUUGGACGCCAAGGCCGCGUCCAGGUCGAGGACAUUGUUUUCCUGAUCCGGAAAGACCCGAGAAAGUUUGCAAGGGUGAAAGAUCUUCUGACGAUGAACGAGGAGCUCAAGAGAGCCAGAAAAGCCUUCGAUGAGGCCAACUAUGGCUCCUGAACUGUCAUAUAAAAUGUUCUAGCUGUGUUCCCCAGGCAGCUUAAUCAUACUGACUGUAAUCAACCUACUGCAGCAGAACGUGUGCUGAAUCGAUUGGAAACUUGUUUCAUUUUGUCUGUCUUUUGUAGUUUUGCAUAAACUAAAUGCUCGAAGUAAUCAAAGAUGUCUCACGUUAGUUCAUCAGUGAACUGCAGUGAUGUUAUUUUAAAUAUAUUGACCAAUAAAACAUGAAGAAAAUACUGAACAAA